AUGGCUGUGAACAAGCUACUCCUGGCUCCGGACUGCCCACCAGUGCUGCGAGUGACCCCUGUCAAACCCUGGAGGCCCCACCUGGCCGCUCCCCAGAACGUGACGCUGGUCUCCCAGAACUUCGAUGUGUACCUGAAGUGGCUGCCAGGGCCUGGCAACCCCCAGAACGUGACUUAUUUUGUGGCCUAUCAAAGCUAUAUGACUCCCGAACGCUGGCGGAAAGUGGACAGGUGCGCGGGCACCAAGGAGUUGAUGUGUUCCCUGAUGUGCCUGAAGAAGCAGGACCUGUACAGCAAGUUCAGGGGACGGGCGCAGGCCAUUUCUCUCCGUGGCAAGUCCCCCUGGACAGAGUCCAGGUUCAUGGACUACCUCUUUGAAGUGGAGCCAGCCCCGCCCAACCUCACCUUCACCCACACGGAGGGGAUUGUCAGUGUCAAUGCCACGUACCAGCUGCCACCAUGCAUGCCCCCAGUGGACCUCAAGUAUGAGGUGCACUUCUGGAAGGAGCAGACAGGGAACAAGACUGUGCUGCCCACCACUCCCCACGGCCAGCCAGUCCAGAUCCCCAUUCAGCCAAGCACGAGUGGACAGCUCUGCUUCAGUGGCAGGACCAUCUACACCUAUGCUACCUCCAAGUACAGCAAGCCUUCUGAGCCCACCUGCUUCUUCCUGGAGGCCCCAGGAGUCACCUGGCCCACGCUGAUGCCACUGGCUCUUCUGCUGCCGUUGCUGCUGGUUGUCGCCAUGGCUGCCAUCUGGAGGAGCUCCAGGGGGAACCCCUGGUUUCAGCAAGCAAAGAUGCCACGGGCCUUGGUUCAAGGCUCCUCCGCUGGGGGCUCUUCAGGAAGAAGCUGGGCCAGCACUCUGGAUUCCGCCUUCUGGGAUGAGACUGGGUCUGGCAGCUGGCUGGCCAACAAGGAGCCAGGUGAGGACGUGGCUGGCAUUGGGCCUUUUGAGCCUCCCCCGCUACCGGAAUUCUCGGAAGACCCAGGCUCUCUGAUAGGACCCCCAUGUGAUGACCUCUCAUCUUGGACCCCCUGGGAGUCUUCCCCAGCAGAGCUCAAUCUGGUCCCUGAGGACUCUCCCGUUUCUGUUCAGACACUCACCUUCUGCUGGAACAGCAGCCCAGAAGAGGAGGAGGAGGAGGAAGAUGGGGAGGAAUGGGAAACAGAGGGCGGCAGCAGCGACAGCGGCAGCUGGGGCGCUGGGAGCUGCCAGAGGACUGAGGCUAGGGCAGGGCUCCUUGGGCAUUACAUGGCAAGGUGA